AUGUGCCGCUGGACCGGAUCCUGUUGGAGACGGACGGUCCAUACAUGGCGCCAGAGCCAUUUCGGGGGCGCAUCGCCCAUCCAGGCCACGUGGCGUACGUGGCCGACGCGGUUGCACGGCUCAAGGCCCUCCCGCGCGAGGAGGUGCUCCGGGUCUGCAGGCAGCCGUCCGGCCGAACUAGAAGUUGAUUCGGAGUUUAGGGUUUAG